AUGCACGAGCAGAACAGGAUGAAAGAUGCGGAUUGGCAAGGGGACGCAGGCAAAUCAAUCAUCUGCUUUGUUGACAGAACAAAGAGAGAUUUCAUUGGUUUGUUGGUAGCAAGGCUCCAUGGAGAGGUCAAGGCAGCUCGUAACAAUUUGGAAAUGAUAGACGUUCCGUCGAAGUGGCCUAAAAGAGAAUCCGGUGGAGUUGGCCAAGUGGGUCUUGUCCAGCUAAGGUUAAGCACAGAAAUUAAGCUUAUUUGUGGCAGCGGGACUCCACUCCACCAAGAUGUUCUUCGAUGCGAUCAACAUUACAUUACAUAUAUCUGCCAGACUACCCUGGGUACCUCUUCAAUAUCAAAACGAAAGAACCACUACACCGAGCACCCGAUGCGAGUUAUCCAUAUCUCGAUCCCCAUCAUGGGGAAUAAGAAUCAUGGCCACACAGUUCUACCAGGCCUCCAGCCAAUUUCCACACAUCAUUUGAAAGGCACAGCUCAAAACAGGACCCCCCUGUAUAACAUCACCCUCCCACUGACUUAACAAUUUUGACCCAGCAAUUUAUGAAUAGAACAAAGUAUAUUUCGACCAUGUCUGGAUAUUAUGCGUUAUAUGUAUAUACACAAGUUAACCAAAGCUGAAAAUCAGAGAGCAUUGAUGUACAGUGCAUACAUACAUGGCACAUGAGCUACGUAUACCACACGGC